CUCUAAAGAAGAAGACCGUUCGCCAUGUUCAAAAUACAGAAUCUUUAUUGCUCAUCCAAAUUUUGUCCACCGAUGGAGUUUAAAUAAAGAGCUGGAUUAUUUGAAUAACAGUUAAGUCGUUACCUAUGGAGCUCCCCAGUUACAGCCGGCAGCUCUUGCAGCAGUUGCACACCCUGCGUAAGGAGGGCCAGUUCUGCGACUGCACCAUCCUGGUGGGGGACGACCCGCACAGGGCCCACAAGCUUGUGCUAGCCGCCUCCAGCCUGCUGUUCAAGUCUGUGCUGGAGGGCUCCGACAGCAUCUCCAUCGACCCUGCCGUGGUCACCUCCCAGGAGUUCUCCAACCUGCUGGAGAUGGUCUACACAGGCAAGCUGCCCCCAGGCAAGCACAACCUCACCCGGGUCAUCACCGCUGCAGACAGCUUGCAGAUGUUCGAUGUGGCCGUCAGCUGCAAGAACAUCCUCACCAGCCUCAUGAAGCCGUCGCCCGUGCAGUCUCCCACCAAAGACCAGCAGAGCUCUGGCUCCAACGGCCAGGCUGCUUCUGCAGACGCCGCUAUGCCUAGCUCAAAUAAGGAGCCUUCACAAGCCAACUGUACUGGGGCUCUAGAGGAGACUGAGAUGGCCGCAUCUGGGAAUCAAGAGGUCAACAGUAGUUCUAGUGAGGACACUGCCAUUACAGACCAGCUGGCUGACCAGUCUGCCAUGCAAGAUCUCCACAGUGGUCUCGCGGCACCAUCUUGUAAAAAAGCUUGCCUGGAGUCUCCAGAUAACAAAGGGACAGAGGAGAGAGACUUGGCGUUCCUGUGCCGGAACAUGGACAGGGUCUCUGAGGUGGUCUGGGAUGUGCAGCCCUGGCUGAAAGCAGUGGAGACCUGGGAGGCCAUUUCAAAUGCGGAGAGACGGGUGAUUUUAGACUGCUGUAAAGAAGAUGCAGAAGGGUCCGGGGUUCUGCGCAGACUCUUAAACACAGUGACCGAGGGCCAGGGCCUCUCCUCUCACACCGUCCUGGCAUUUCUGGGCCUCUUCACAGAGGCAAACCCAGACCUGGCCACUCUGCUGCAGAAAGGGACAGAGCUUGAGGAAGGGGACAGUAUGGAGUGUGAGGAAGGGGAUAGCAUUGAGGCUGAAGCAGACCAGGCUGUUGGGGAGAAGCCCAGAAGUUGUGUGCUGCUGGACCACGCUGCAGACCUGAUUGACAGCCUCUCUGAGAUCAGCUCCGUCUCAGAGAGCUUGAACACGGCUGCUGAGAGCUGUCUGGAGGAGCAGGAGAGGAAGGUUGUAGAGGAGUGCUGCAGAGAUCCGGACCCACGGGAGGCAGCGGAGCACCUGGUGAGCAGGGUGAAGGAGGGGGCGUUGAGUGAGGAAGGCCUGCUCAAGGUGCUCCAGGCCCUCACACAGAACUCCCCCAGCCUGGAGCAGCUGCUGGCCAGGGUCUACGCACACCAGGACCCCAGCGACAAACAUCUCGGUGAAAACCAGGAUGAGGAGUAUGCAGUCAGUCUAUUGACAAAGUACCGGUGCAGGCUCUCAGAAUCACCUGUGCAUCUCGAGGCUCUCCAACGCGGCCUAGAGGCUAUGACUGGUAUUGCAGCAGAAGAGAAAGAGUGUAUCCAGGCCCAGCUGAAUGAGGACGGUGGUGCUCAGGGUGUGGACGGGAUGCUGUGUGUGGCGCUGGAGGGAGGCUCCGGCCUGGCCCUGACGGUGUGGAGGCUGCUCUUCCGAGCUGCAGCCUGGGCCCCCACGCUGGGCUCGCUCCUCCAGGAGGUCCGGGAGGAACCUGGAGCCCAGAAACUCCUCCACUCUGUGAUGGACCCUGAGAGCCUGUUCCUGGACAUCCUGCUCAAGCACCGAGCCUUGAUCCUGGAGACGGUGGGUGACGUGAGCUUCCUGGAGGAUGUGGUGAAAGAAGCGGAAAGCCAACCGCAGGAAGUCACUGAGUUCAUCGGAAGCUGCGGGACGGGGAACGAGAGUGCGUCGGUGAAGGAGGUCCUGGCCCGGGUCUUAGAGGAGCAGUCUCUGCCCGCCCAGCCGUUCUGCACCCUGCUCACCCUCAGCUCCGUCCCUCAGCUCCUCCCCCUGAAAGAGGACCUGGAGCAGGCAGCGAAAGAGGUGGAGCUGAGGGCGGAGCCGCUGGCGGCGGGCGGGGCGCAGGACAGGCGGGGCAGGGGGAGGAGGAAGGAGUUUUUCUGCCAGUGGUGCGGGAAGGCCUUCGCCUUCAUGUGCCGGAUGGAGGUGCAUCGCAGGAGGUGCUGCCUGUCCAAGGAGGCGCGGCACCGCUGCCCCCAGUGCCCCGAGGAGCUGCCCACCCCGCGGGCGCUCAAACAGCACCUGUCCCAGGCCCACCAGGCCCCCGUCCCCAAGAAGAGGAAGAAGCAGGAGCAGGUGGCCUGCGACAUCUGUGGGAAGACCUUUGCCCACCCGUCAGGUAUGAUGUACCACAAGCGAACCGAACACUUUGACGAGAAGCCCUACGUGUGUAAGGAGUGUGGGGCCAAGUUUGCGGCCAACUCCUCGCUGAAGAACCACAUGCGUCUGCACACGGGGGAGAGGCCCUUUCUCUGUAAACACUGCGACAUGAGCUUCAGCCAGGCUGCCGCCCUCUCCUACCACACCAAGAAGAAGCACUCUGAAGGAAAGAUGUACGCUUGCCAGUACUGUGAAGCGCUGUUCGCCCAGUCCAUUGAGCUGACACGGCAUGUGCGCACACACACGGGGGACAAGCCCUAUGUCUGCAGGGAGUGUGGGAAGGGCUUCAGCCAGGCCAACGGACUGUCGGUUCACCUGCAGACCUUCCACAACAUAAUGAACCCCCAUGACUGUCAGAAGUGCCGGAUGAGUUUCCCGUCCCUGGAGGACCACAGGCAGCACAUCCAGCAGUGCCACCCCAAGGAGUUCCACCAGUGUGACGUGUGCAGCAAGAUCUUCGCCACGGCGACCCUGCUCAUGAAGCACAUGGUCACCCACAUCGGAAAGAAGCCCUUCAGCUGCAAGAUCUGCCACAAGGCGUACCAGCAACUCUCUGGACUGUGGUACCACAACCGCACCACCCACCCCGAGGUGUUCGCUGCCCAGGGCCCCCGCCACCUGAAGUCUGUGUUUCAGUGCAGCAACUGCAACAAGGCCUUCUGCACCAACGCCAGCCUGCUCAAGCACCAGAAGGCUGAGCACCCAGAGAAGCUCUAUGAGUGUGAGAACUGCAGCCAGGCCUUCACACAGCUCGAUGCGCUGGAGGCCCACAAGAAGGAAGAUCACCCCGACUCUCAGGAGUUCCGCUGCCUGUACUGCCCCAGCUCGUACCAGAGCGCGGUGGAGCUGCAGGAGCACCUGUGCAGCCAGCACUUCAGCCAGGAGGGAGAGGCCUUCGGCUGCACCCACUGCAGCCUCAUCUUCCCCACCCAGCUGGAGGUGCAGGAGCACUUCCUGUCCCAACACCAGGAGGUGCUGGGGGAGGACCCCCAGGCCUCCACCUCCCAAAUGGUGAUCCAGACAGAGGAACCUGCCAGCGGGACAGACCAGGUGCUCGCCCUGGGCGGGUCGCAGGUGUACGUGGCUCUGACGGACUCGGAGAGCGACCCCACGCGCUCGGAGAUCGUGGCGGUCAACAUGGACGACCUGCUGGACGGCUCCAUCACCUUCAUCUGUGAGGAGGGUCAGUGAACCGGCCAGCCUUCGGCCCUGUGCCACACCACACCGCACCAAGGUUUAAUCCGGGGGUGUGUCGGGCUGGCCAUGUAGUCGUGAAUCAGCCUUUUCAGGACUGUCUAAUUGAUGUGUGUUUGGUUUUCGGGCUGCACUUCUUUGGGAAAUGCAUUAUGAAAUGUAAUGUUUUCAUUCAUGUGUAUGUUCAAUCAUGAUUGUGACUAAUAUUCUUCUGUGAAAGACCUGCGUGAAUGCCCUUGAAUCAUUCUCUGAAAAGAAUAUCCAAUUUUAUCGAUAAACUUUAGUUAUACUUUUGGUUUUAAAAUCGACCGUACCUGUGUAAGAUGACCCUUAAGGGGCUGAUUGAUAAGUGUUUGGUACGUCCAUGGAGAAGGGAGCAGUUUCACGGCUUAUGUUGUGCUCUUAUGUUCUUAACACAGCUUCUUCUCUGUCACUUCAGUAAGUCUUAGUGUUUGACUGUACAGAACCAGUCCCAGUGUUUGACUGUACAGCACCUCUGUGUCACUUCAGUAAGUCUUAGUGUUUGGCUGUACAGCACCUCUGUGUCACUUCAGUAAGUCUUAGUGUUUGGCUGUACAGCACCUCUGUCAGUUCAGUAAGUCCUGGUGUUUGGCUGUACAGCACCUCUGUCAGUUCAGUAAGUCCUGGUGUUUGGAUAUACAGCACUUCCUGUGUGUAUUCCUCUCAUGUAUCUCAUGUAUUCUUCUUGCCCAGUCCUCAUGGUGCAAACACAGCCACUGGUCUGUUGAGUAAUCCAUAUUUGACAUACAAAUGCUGGGCCUCAUCAAUUGGUUAUUGGAGUAAUUCUGCCGAUCAUUUGUGUAUGGCUGAUUUCCGAAUAGGCGAAAUCAUUAAUUUAUAAUCUAUUUAUUUUUGUGUAUUGCACUGUCUGGAGGUAUAACGUAGGGACAAGAUUGAAUAAAGCAGUCAUUCAUGCUUAAUUGCAUAUUUUAA